GCAGGGCUAUGGCGGGCGCGGGCCGGCCGGGCUUGUCUCCUCCGCUGCUGUUCCUUCUCGUCCUUCCCGUGCCGCCAGCGGCCGCCGCGUUGCGCUUGCUGCUCGGCGCCGCGCCGCCCUUCACGUGCUCGCAGCCGGAUUUAAAGUGCCUCGUAGGAAAUAGUACCUGCAUAGAGAGGAGCUGGCUGCAGAAUCAGACAUGGACACCCUCUGCUCCCAGUAGCCUUGAUGUGUUCUCUGAUGUUUUCCGUCAGACAGAUGGAGAGCUGCUCCCAGUGCUUCGGAUAGAGUGGAAGGUGGCCACCGAUGCUAGCAUCCGCUAUCUCCGAGGUGCAGAGCUGGCUGUGAUGCAAGUGAGCAGCAAUCAACAGAUCUGCGCCCAGUUUGAAUUUCAGAACAACUUGCCUCUUCAGGUCCGUCCAGAUGGAGGCCGGUGGAAUUUCACUUUUAACCGCUUUGAGGUGGAACCUGGCCAGACUUACCAAGUGACUGUCUACCACUUACCCAAACUGAGUGUAAAGGGAGACUACAAUUGCAAGUCUGUGUCUCUCACAAUGCCUGAUUGCAAGGACUCUCUGAUGAAAAGAACCACCCCAUGUGUAAAGACAGGCAGUCUGUGGGAGCCCAAGAUCCAAGCUAAAAGUCUAGAUGAUAUAACUCUGCUUGUGAGCUUUAACCCAUGGAAGGAGCCAACCCGAUACCAAAUUCAUGUGACCAGUUUCCUGAAUGAGAGGAAGUGUAAAAUGAUCACACGUGAUGUCACAGAGGGCGAACUGCAACCACAAGCAAAUGUCACAAUCAAAAUGGAGAAGAACUUGAAAGCUUGCUGCAACUACAAAGUACAGAUUCAGCCAUUCUUUGCCAUCUGUGGUACAGACUGUCUGAGGCACUCUACUUUCAUCCCAUGUUCACCAGCUCCAAGUGUGGGCCCAUCAGAUGAUAUGAUGAUAUGGGUGUACUGGUGUAUCACUGGGAUCUGUGUGUUGCUGGUGGGAUCAGUCAUAGCAGGUGUCAUUUGUAUGACCAAAAAACGAGCAGGACACCGGCGAGGAAAGUGCAGCCACUAUGAUUUGCAAACUGCAGUACCACCUACCAGCCUUCCUCUACCACCCUUAAAGCCUCGAAAGGUUUGGAUCGUGUAUUCUGCCGAUCACUUGCUCUACGUGGAUGUGGUGUUGAAGUUUGCUGAGUUUCUGAUGACUGUCUGUGGCACUGCUGUAGCCUUAGAUCUGCUAGAAGAUCAUCAGAUCUCAGAGUUUGGGCCAUUACCCUGGCUCACUCGACAGAAGAAGGAAAUGGAAGAACUAUCCUCAAAGAUCAUAAUCUUAUGCUCACGAGGCACCCAGGCCAAAUGGCAAGCCAUGCUUGGGAGCGCACCUGUGUGUCUCAAGCAAGAUCAGCAAAAGCCAACUGGAGACCUGUUCACCCCAGCCUUAAAUUUGAUCCUGCCAGAUUUCAAGAAGCCAGCCUGUUUUGGAAUGUAUAUAGUCUGCUAUUUUGAUGGGAUAAGUAGCGAGAAAGAUAUUCCUGAUCUGUUCAAUGUCACAUCCAGGUACCAACUGAUGGACAAGUUUGAGGAUAUUUAUUUUCGGAUUCAGGACUUGGAGAAGUUUGAGCCUGGGCGCAUCCAUCGAAUCCAGGAAAUCACAGCUGAAAACUACAUUGAUACCCCUAGUGGUAGGAAGUUGAAAGAGGCAGUUCAGAAGUUCAGAAACUGGCAGACAGAGCACCCGGACUGGUUUGAGGCUGAAAGCAUCAACCUGGAUAAUGAUGAAGAAUUGCAGUCCCUAAACAGAGAGAGCCAGGUGGAUUCGUUGCUAAGUGAACCAGGUGGAAUUGUGAAACAACAGCUGCACUUACGAGAACCUGACCCUAACUGCUGUUAUGUCAUUAAUCUCCACAUUCGUGAAGGUGAGAACAGAGGUUGUAUACUACAGCCUCAGCUUAAUCUCUGUGGAGAUCCAGCUUCUCAGACUCUGAUUGAUCCUUUGGAUGAGGCUGCUCCAGUUCAGAGAGUAGAGCCAGUCUCUUCCAUGGAAGACAAAAAUAUUUUUGGCCAUCAUGUGCUGAGUAAUGAGGACUGCAUGGAAGGAGUUCAUCUUCUGGAAACAAGUUUUCCAAUGAGGAAUAACAUCAUCCUCCAUGAUGACUGUGAUGUUUCAGCAACAGAUGACCAGAGUCCUGCAAACCUCUCAGGUGAACUGAGGCACCAUCUGAAUGGGCUUAUGUACUCUCUUUAUCAGCAGAGUGUCAUUCCUUCAGAUCCGUGUUUCUGCCAAGAGGAGGCUGAAAAGCAGCACCAGCUGAUCUUUGAAGACCAGUGCAAAGACCAAAGACAGUCAGUGCAGUCAGACCAAGGUUACAUCUCUAGAUGUUCUCCUUUGCCUCCUGAUGACCCCGUGGAAGAGGAAGAAGAGGAUCAGGAGAAUCAGGUGGUUUGUCAUGAACUCUCUCCAGAGGUCUUGAACAGUCUAAAGAGCCUCCAGCAGCAGCUUUUUUUCCAGGACAUUCAAUGGAGCUCUGAGUCAGGAUAUCCAGCAGAGCUGAUGAAGAUGAGCCCAUCUCCAGAGGACUGUUAGGCUCUAUCUGGGACCUGCUCCAUCUGAAAUACACAGAUGGAAGGUAGUAUCGCAUCUAGCACUGAAACUGCAUUUCCAAUGCCAUCCUUCUCCUUGUAUUACAUGUGACUAAUUGGUGGGAUCUUCCUGUCUGCUGCAGAGAAGCAGGGUUGCCCAGCAGUUGAUGAACAUCUCUGCUUCUAAUCUCUGUGUAGAGAGAAGCAACAAUACUAGCCAUCACUGUGACUGAACAGGCAGUAGUUCUGCUCCUGGGGGACAUGUAUUAUAUUGAGCCCUCACUGCAGAAAAAUAACCUUAGCUCAUCCACUAGUGCCUUCAGAACUCUCUCCAACUGUAAUGAUUUUAUUGCACUGGACAGAAAACAAGGCCAAGAAUCAGAUUAUAGAAUUAGAAUGGCAAACUUUUCAAUGCCAGCUUGAUGGGUUUUUUUAAUAUAUAUACAUAUAUAUAUUUUUUUAAUAAUGUGUUUAAAGAUGUGUGCCUUAAACUUCAGCUAGGUUAGGACUGUCUUUACAUAGUCACAUAAUGGGUUAGGUUGGACCAGAUAAGCUGCGGAGGUCUAACACCUCUGCCCAAGUAAGGCAACCUACAGCAGAUUGCCCAGGCCCAUGUUCAGGUUGCUUUUGAUUAUCCCCAAGCAGUGAGACUCCACAACCUCUCUGGGCAACCCUGUACGUUACUAGCUGCACAGUAAAGAAGUGCUUCCUGGUGUUCAGAAGGAAACUCCUGUUUCUAUUUGUGCCUAUUGCCUCAUGACCUGUCACUGGGCACCAAUGAAAGGAGCCUGUCUCUGUCCUUUUUUGUACUCUCCCUUUAUUUAUGCACGUAAUGCCUAGAAUAGAGCAAGAAAGAAUGGCCUCAAGAUGUGUCAGGGAGAAUCAGAUUAGGGAUAUUAGGGAAAAAUUUCUUCUCUGAAGGAGUGGUGAAGGAUUGGAACAGGCUGCUCAGGAAAGUAG